GCGCCCGGAGGAGCCUCCCUGAGAGGCGGGUCGGUUUGAAGCUGGGAAAGAGCUCCAUGGAAACAAGGCUGUGGAGCCUUGAGCUGGUUGAGUGGUCUUUCUUUUCGUGGUUGGCUGCUUUGGAGCUAAUUGCUGGAUGCUGAGACGAUUAUGGCAAGGCCAAUCAUUUCCCCUGUGAGUAUCAAUUCUACAGCUCCUGAAACCUUUGUGGUCCUGAACCAGAGAAUGAGAGUUGUUGAAGAACAGACAAAUGAACUUCUGAAAGAUCUACGGACCCUGGAUGUCAAAGGGCAAAGUGUGGAAAUCUUCCCUUCAAAGCCCUUGGAGAAACUUGAAGGUCAUCAGUCCAUCAGCCCUGUCCGUGCCCAAACAGUCUUCAGUGGAACCAAUGACACUUUGUGGCGAACCUGUGAGACUCUAGUGAACCGGAUGUGCCGGCUUGAGAGCGUUGUGCAGACCCUAAAACUGAACAUGUUCCGACUGCAGACAGAAAAGGAGCUGAAUCCAAAGCAUGCAGCUAAUUUAGAACAGCGCAUGAAGAUGAUCCAGGAGGAGCACAUGGAAGAACUAAGGGUGCUGCAAGAAGAGGGGCGAAUGUUAUGCCAGCAGCUCCAAGAGUCCAGGGAAGAGGAAUCAAAAGCCAGAGAUCGGGUGGAAAGGCUGCGGUCCGCUCUGGAGAUUGCAACUGCUACAAAGAGGGACGUAGCCAUUGCUGCAGAUGAGUUGAGGGCAACGAAAAAGAAGAUGGACCACAAACUGCAAGAGCUAACAGAGCAACUAGCUAAGGAGUCUAGCCAGCGGGAGUCUUUGCAAGAAUCUCACGCUGUCCUGCUUUAUCAGAUGAAUGAUUUGGAAAUGAUGGUGGAAAAAGAACGGAAGCAGGUUCAUACUUUGCAGCAGGACUGUAACACUUUACGUCAGGAUAUUCAGAUGUCUGGAGAAAGGCUGCAGAAAGAAGAAGAGAGGAAAAUCCAGCUGGAGCAGCAGUGUAUGCUGCUUAAAAGCAAUCUAGAAUCCCAAGAGGCUACCAUUUCCAAGUUCAAUGAAGAAGGGAAAAUUACCCAAAUGUCUUUGAGCAAAGCCCUUGAAGAGAAUGCGCAGCUACAAGCAGAAAUAACCAGUUUGCGGGAGGUAGCAGAAAAAGUGCAAAUGCUUAAUGAGCAGUUGACCCAACAAUGUACAGAAUUGAGCAGUACCCUUCGAACUGUUACCAUGGAGAAUGCUCAACUGAUCACAAAGCAUCAGGCAACUCUUAAGUUAGAACAGGAGAAAAUUGAUCAGAAACUGAAAGAACAAGACCUCAUUUUGGAUACUGCUCGAGCCAGCAUUAUUGAAGAGCUGAGGACGGUGCAGAAUGAGAAAGCUCAGCUCCAGAAAGAAAUUGAAGCUUUGCGUUCUGAGCAUGCUGAUUGCAAGCAGAAAACCUCCAAAGUUGAGGAGAUCGCCCAAAUAAGGUUGCUGGAGUCUGUAGUUGCCAAGUUACAAAGUGAACUGGAGGCCACUCUACAGGAGAAAGAGACUCUACUGAAGGAUAAAGAGACCCAAGAGAAAGAGAUGCAGAAAACAUUACAUCAAAUGAAGCAAGACAACAAAAGACUGGAAACAGAAGUAGAGGAAAGCAAGUUGGAAAUUGGGCCUCUGAAAAAGAGAGUGGAGGCAUUAGAAGAAGAAAACAAGAAAUUAAUGGAACAUGACGCUGUUUUGCAGUACCAACAACAUACCCAGCAACAAGUAAAGCAGGUCCUAGAAGGGCUGGCCAACAACAAAAACAAGCUAGCAUAUGACAAAGGGAAACUUCAGACAAGAGUACAGCAGCUGGAAGAAGAAGUGCAUUCCCUUGCGGAUGUACUUUCAGAAAAUAAUCAGCUGCGUAAGCAGAAUGCUGCUUUGGAGAUGAAAUAUAAUCAGAUAAAUGCAGAACUUGAUUCCGUCAGGAUUAACACACAGAGGUUGGAAGUGCAACUAAAGCAGUCACAAUCGGCCCUUGUCUGCAGAGAGCAAGAUUAUUCUGAUACAGUCAAAACCUGUGAUGAGGUGCUAAGAGAGAACCAGAAACUGAAAGGGCAAAUAAGUGCCACUGAAGGAAGAGAAAAGCACAAGUUGGGGAACCUGCGACGCAAACUGGAAGAAUCAAAAGAAGAUAAUGCCAAGAUGACAAAUAUGCUAGAGAAUGUGUUGGCUUCUCACAGCAAAAUGCAGAUGGCUUUGGAAAAGGUGCAAACUGAACUGGGGCGCAAGGAUGCAGAGAUUGCAGGCCUGAAGAAGGAUCGGACUCAGAGCCAGCAAAGAAUACAGAAGUUAGAAGCAGAGUUGGAACAGUGCCAUAACCAACUUGUCUUCGAAUCGCAGCUCACUGUAAAGACGGGCCCACUUCGUAAAGCACUGGAAGUCUCCAAAGCCGAGAAGAAGAAACUUGCACAAAAUUUGGAACAGGCGCUGCAGGCUAAUAGCAUCUUGCAAAGCAAACUUUUGCUUGUUCAGGAUGAGUUGGAAAGGAAAGAAACAGAGUACCAGCAGCUCCUGGAGUGCAGGGACCAGUUAAUUGAAGAAACUAAGAUGGAGGCAAAGCUGUACACAGAUCGCCUUGAGACGCUGAAGAAACAGUUUCAGACUGAGCGGGAAGUUACAAAGAAGGCAGCCCAAAAGGAAUCAACAGAGCUGAAGAAAGCCCUGGAAGAGGCCUGCUCUAAAUCUGGGGAUUUGUCGCGCUGUAACAGGGAACUACGGGCCAAAGUGGUGGAGCUGGAGUCAGCCCUGGUAGCUCAGAAAGAGAGGGUGAAGAAACAGAAAUCACUCAUCACACAGUACUUCAACUCCAAAAGUAACAAUGCUCGAAAUGUGGAGAGAAUGAAGGAAAUCGAAUCAGAAUUGAAGCAGAUGGAAGAUCUGAAGGAGCAGUACCAGAAGAAAAACUACGAGCAGUCCGUGAGCAUCAAACAAUUUGUCACUGAAUUAACAAGCCUGCAAAGUGAGAUGCAACAGCUGGCCAAAAAUCAACAAGCGAUGGCAGCAGAGAACAGAAACCUGGAAAGCCAGUUGGAACAGGAGCGGAAACGGCGGAAACAGCUUGAAGACGAAUGCAAGACUCUGGAAGACACAAUCAACCACCUAAGGAAAUGCAAAGAACAUACUGAACAGAAGCUGAAAGAAGCCGGUCUUGAGUCCCAACAGAUCACAGCUAAUUUGGAGGAGGCUCACCAGUGGUUCAAAUCAAAGUUUGAUAGUCUGCAGCGUGAGCUGGCAGCAAGCAGACAACAGAAAAGUGCUGUUGAACACAACUAUGAGGAAGAGGAAAAACCAGUGAGGCUUCCUAGCCAGGUCUGCCUGAAGCGCUGGGAAAUGAAGAACCAUUUGAAGUUUAUUUCCAGAAAGUAUCUAAAUGAACUAAACCAGCCAUGAGCUUUUUAGGCGGAAGGAGGUUCCAGGCUGCGAGAGGUGACUAUGUGCCUGUGAACAGCCCUUUUGAGGCCAAGAUGCACGACGGCCAUACAGUGCCAGUGGUACACAAGGGAAGACCUAAAGCUGGACCUUUUCAAAGGGUGAGUGCCACAGACUCACUGAAGUUACUGAACAGCAGAAGCCAGGUCUCAACUCAGUAUCCCCUCUGUUAAUGGAGAAGAGUGUUCCUCAAAAUGUAUACACUCAAACUGACCAAGAGCUGGGAAAGGCCUGAAUCUCAAUUAAGUGCAACAACUAAUUAUUAAAAUGCCUCAAAGGAACUUGGUAAGCUGAUAAAUUUCCUUUUUGAAAUUAAAAAGUGAUUUGUAUGUGGCCCAGUGCUAAAACCUCCUGAGUGAAAGUCUUUAGAUCCCUAGGAUGAAACAUAGUGAUGUGCUGAACUGGGUCUUCCCCAACAUUUGGUGUGUUUGCAGUGAACAGAAGCUGAAACUGUAGGGCUUUGAAACAGUAUAACUGAAUUGAGCUUGUAGUUGAAACCCAGAGUUUCUUUGUCCACCAACUACUUUUGCACUGAUGAAUGUCCAGAACGCCUAUGGUGCCAAAGAGUUUUGAGCAGUUGAUUGUGGUAGAUAGAUAGAUCUGUUUAUUGACUAGACCACUGAUUGUGGUAGAUAGAUAGAUCUGUUUACUGACUAGACCACUGAUUGUGGUAGAUAGAUCUGUUUAUUUAUUAGACCACUGAUAGAGAUAGAUAGAUAGUUCUAUUUAUUGACUAGACUACUGAUUGUUUAUUUAUUAGACCACUGACCCUAUCAACAAUAAAAACCAAAAAUACACAAAGACACUAAUCACCUUCCUAAAACUUCACUCAUAGUGAACUAAAAUCCAUUAAAACACAAUAACACUUGAUUAAAUAAUAAGCUUGAUAAAAUUGGAUAAAAUUAGAAGAUGAAAAUAGGGGGGUAGAGUGACGAGUGUAAAAGAAUGUCAGAGAAUUUAGAUAAGUUCAUCACAAUGACGAGGGUUGAUUGUGGUGUUGAAAGAAGGUACAGUACAUGCUAAAAAUGUUUCUAUAUCAGUGGUUCUCAACCUGUGAGUCCUCAGGUGUUUUGGCCUACAAAUCCCAGAAAUCCCAGCCAGUUUAGAAGCUGUUAGUUGAAGGCCAAAACAUCUGGGGAUCACAGGUUGAGAACCAUUGCUCUACAUAGAGACUAAAAUAUGACUACGGUUGUAGCCAUACUGUAGACUUAACAGCAGUUUUUAAACCAUUUUGAGUGCUAUUAUCUCACAGAACUCCAGAUCCCAGAAUUCUGUAGCACUGAGCCAUGGCAAUGAAAGUGGUAUCAAACUUGUAGAAUUCUGCAUCAUGGAUAAAUAAAGGCUAAGUCAAUUUUGAGGUGAGUGCCUUUCUCUCUCCUGCUUCCUCCCUCAUUCUCACAGGUCAUUAAAUACGUGAGUGCCUUGCUCAAAUUGUUCAUUAUCAGGUAAGAAAACAACAAAAAUGUGUGAGGAAACAAUUCAUUAUAUCAUUGUUGAUGUAUUUAUACAUAAGACGGUUGUACAUUGCAUUUUAGAAUCAUUCUAUUUUUACUGGUUUUGCUGAUGACAAAUUCACCCAGCUAGAAAACCUUUUCCUUUUGCCUCCAAUCCCAGACACCUUUCUGGGAUUGGUCCAAGAGUAAAUAGUGACUGCACUUCAUCAGAAAUCAUGAUUGAAAAUGUGUUGUACUUUUGCCACUUUUUUCUUUUCCAAACUAUUAGCAUAAACAAUGUAAAUCUGAUGUAUAUUUGCUGGUGUGUGUUUAUUUAAGAAUUAAAAGAUAGCUAUACUUUUUUUACACUGGAA